AAGUCAAUCAAUCAAGCAGAAGUUCGCUUUGCUAAUCAUGAUAUCCACAUCAGCAGUAACUGUGAGAUUUCAAUUGAUGCAAACCGGGCUCACAGUUCUCAAAUUGAGGAGCUAGAAAGAGAACGAUUCCUCAAUUUUUGGUGGUCUUCCGCCAUUUUAGCAAAUCCUCUACCUGCUUCUCUCUAAAAAUAGAAGAACAGAAGCCCAGUCAUCACCUCUCUUCUUGGGAUCCUUACUUCUCCCUACCGUUUCUCUGAAACGAAAAGCAAAGGAGCUACUUUGAAAGCAAGGGAGAAGAGAGAGAGCGUGAAAUGUCGACCCCAACAUCAAAAGAGGCGAGCUUACACUUGGAGGAGGGGGAGGAGCCGAGCGAUUCGGAGAACGAGCUCAAAAGGAAAAUGAGCAGUGCUUCUGUUUUCUCCACCGAUGGUGGGGAGGACGAUGACGACGAUGGCGAGGACGACGAUGAUGAUCGGAAGGGUGCAAAUGUGGUGCUCGGCCCUCAGCUGGCUCUCAAGGAACAGCUCGAGAUGGACAAGGACGAUGAGAGCCUCAGGAAAUGGAAAGAGCAGCUACUUGCCGGCGUUGAUUUGACUGAAGUUGGAGAGAAUCCAAAUCCAGAAGUGAAGAUCCAGAGUAUCACAAUCAUCACUCCCAAUAGACCGGACUUGGUUCUAUCAAUUCCCUUCAUCCCCAACGCAAAGGGCUAUGCAUUUACUCUCAAAGACAGCAGUCGCUACCGUCUCAAGUUCUCCUUCACUGUCUCAAAUAACAUUGUAUCAGGACUCCGGUACACAAACACUGUGUGGAAGACUGGAGUGAGAGUUGAGAACACAAAGGUGAUGCUGGGAACUUUUAGCCCUCAGAAAGAGCCAUACACCUAUGAGCUUGAAGAGGAGACCACCCCUUCUGGAAUAUUUGCGAGAGGUUCCUAUUCUGCUAAAACAAAGUUUGUGGAUGAUGAUGGAAAAUGUCAUUUGGAGAUGAGCUAUUACUUCGAGAUUAAAAAAGAUUGGUCAUAGGCUUCCUGAGCAUGCCUAGAAACCAAGCUAUGUUAGAGAUUUCAUAUUUGUUUUUCAAUACUGCAAUCCAUCCAUGAAUUGCUUGUUUCAAGAUUUUAUCAUUUAUUUUAGAAUUUUGAGUUAAUUCUUCUCUGUUAUCGACGUCGUUAUGUAAAGAUUAUUUCUUUUUGUUUUAGAAAGGGAGUUUAUGUAACCCUGAAGCUCCUCAUGUUAUGAAGGGCGUUGCUAAUUAUAUUUCUUUCAA